AUGUCUUGGAAAGUAGGAACCACCAACGUGCGUCUGCGCCGUAACGCCGGCACCACGAACCAAUACAUUAAUGCGACCGCCAUUGGCAUGGAUGCCGGUUCCGCCGACCAGAGGUCCGGCAGCGUGGCCGUUGGCAAUUCGGCGGGCCAUGACACACAGGGUGCCUCAUCAGUCGCUAUCGGGGAAGACGUGGGGUCGGAUACCCAGGGUCCAGAUUCGGGCAAUUUGGCGAUUGCUGUGGGGAUUGGUGCGGGUCAGACGACACAGGGUUUAAAUUCGGUAGCGAUGGGGUUGCGAGCUGGUGAGACAAAUCUGGGUGGGAGCUGUGUCGCCGUGGGGCGCGCGUCCGGUGAAACAACCCAGGGUGUUUAUGCGGGUGAAAGAUCGGUGGCCAUGGAUGUAAACGCGGGCUUAACAACCCAGGGUAAUUCGGCCGUGGCUAUAGGAUCAGAUGUGGGAAUGAUAACCCAGGGUAAUUCGGCCGUGGCUAUAGGUCAGGUCUCCGGGAGAGACAUACAGGGGGAGUAUUCCGUGGCUAUAGGUGGUAGCGCGGGUUAUCUUAACCAGGGUGUUUCGUCAGUGGCUAUCGGGCACGAGGCCGGCAAAACGAGACUGGGUGAAAAUGCGGUGGCGGUGGGUAGACAAGCGGGUGAAACGACACAAGGUACGAAAUCGGUGGCCGUAGGCUACUUGGCGGCCAACGCAAGUCAAUCAUAUGAUGCCGUAGCCGUCGAAAAUAGUGCAGGUAUGACAAGCCAGGGUGCAAGCAUCGUGGCCAUUGGCUUCGCCGCAGGACAAGGUGCUUCGUCAGUCGCCAUUGGACACUCGGGUGUGACAGACCAGGGUUAUAAUUCGGUGGCGAUUGGCAACUUGGCGGAAGAAACAACCCAGGGUUAUAAUUCGGUGGCGAUUGGCAACUUAGCGGGAGAAACAAACAAGGGUAUACAGGCGGUGGCCAUUGGUACUUCUGCGGGUGAAACGACCCAAGGUGUACUUUCGAUUGCUGUAGGGCAGAACGCGGGUGGGGAAAACCAGAGUGAUAUAGCGCUUGCCAUAGGGUACAAUGCUGGUAAUACCAAUCAGAGGUUCAAUGCAGUGGCUUUAGGUAAAUCCGCUGGACAAACAGAACAGUUUUCUCAUUCUGUUGCAAUUGGAGAUAGGGCAGCGUCUACAGACCAGGGGGUUAGCGCAGUUUCUAUAGGACACGGUGCGGGUAAUACCACACAGGGUGGCUAUGGUGUGGCAGUUGGAUACUAUACAGGAUAUACCGACCAGGGCAAUCGGGCAGUUUCUAUAGGGUACAAUUCGGGCAAAGACGCACAGGGUGUGGGUGCAGUAGCUCUAGGUAUAGGUGCGGGUGGUACAAACCAGGGUAUGAGAUCAAUUGCUGUUGGUUUUGGAGCGGAACAAAACGAACAAGGUGUAGCCUCAAUUGCUGUUGGUUUAAGAGCAGGAGAAACCAAACAGGGUGAGAGCGUGGUGGCCAUUGGUUCCUACGCAUGCUAUAAGGCAUCGGCAGACAACACUAUUACGCUGAAUGCAACUGGUGUGAAUUUAUCAAACACGGUCGCCAACUCGCUGAUGAGUCCCAACGCGCUGACGUACAACCCUGCGACCGACGAGAUUACGUACACCUUGUUGACGACUGCAACCAAGGAGGACAUUAUCUCGUUGACACGCGACGCCGGCAGCAUUCUGGGCCAGCUGGAGGUCAAGGAAUUCAACUACAUCAACAAGUGCAAGUACAUCCAGUACGGUACACCCGUAACGGCCGAGCCGUUUGCCAGCUGGCUGAGCACUGAGAAAUUGGACGCUGCUGGAUGGGCGGCCAAGCUGGCGAUAUCCGGUGGCGCUGCGGCCGAGUUCGAAAACGUCCCUGACGAAGACAACCCGGUGAUCCAGCAAAUUUAUGCCGACUACGUGUUUGUUGUGGAAGCGGUGCCCGCGACAAUCGUCGACAAGGACGAUGCGCACUUUGGGUUUAUGGCCGCGGAUGUGCAAACUGUUCAUCCGGAACUCGUGUACAGCGACGUUGACGGCAACGCGCUGGAUAUCAAAUGGAACAACAUUACGACGCUGCUGGUCAAGAAGAUUCAAGCACUAGCCGCCCAGGUUGACGCACAGGAACAAAACCCCUAA